UUCAAAUUGCUGAAUGGAGGUACUGAAUGAUGUUAAGUUAAACGACACUUGAAUACAUCACUACAUUUACCAUGAUUAAUAUCUUUGGCUGCAGAAGUAUUUGUGACGGCUUAGAGUGUGUUCUGUGAGACAAAUUUAAACGCAGAAAAAGUAAAGAUUCAUCUUACAGUUCCGAAUUUUAUGAAGCAGAUAUAAAACACACAGGAAAUGGCCGAUGCGACGUCACUGAGUGAUCAGGAGAAGCGUGUCAAGAAGAUAAAGAGAGAUCUUGAAGGAUGGCGAGAAGUUCUGAUACCCCUUAAUUCUGUUCUCCUGUGGGAGAAGAACUGGUAUCCUGGCAUGUUAUUUGGCGUUACAACAACACUAUUUUUCCUUUUCUGGUACCUUGACCCAUCUGUGUUAACUACAAUAUCAGUUGUGGGUCUGUUAACAACUCUAGUCGAUUACCUGGUGCCCACAUUGACAGCUAGUAUUUGUCAUCCUGACAGUUGGACUGGAGUCAAGGAACGACAGUUGGAAGAUAUUUGUCGUAGCUUGGCAUCCUUGCAAGGCCAAAUCACACAUUGGAUAUGCAUUUUAUCAGAAACGCGUCAAUCUAGACCCAGGCUGUAUUACACGUCUGUUGUUGUUGUCCUGACAUUUCUCGCUUGGCUGGGGAACGUGAUGAAUAAUUUGCUUCUGACUUAUAUACUGGUGACAACUAUUGUUAUGAUUCCUGGAUUGAGAUGCCACCCUUUAUUCCGGAAAUAUUUUAAACACAUUUCUACACUUGUACCAUCUUCUGACCCAAAAGUGAAACAGAAAAAGAACUGAAGUUCAUGAAGAAGACAUUGAUUUUGUGUAUGUGGUUUAUGCUUAUAUAAAUUACCCAGUAUGAGUACUGGGAAUUAUCUAAUGUGAUGUUUGUUUUUAGAUUUUGUCAUUAAAAAUGAGUGCUUGCAACAGUGUGAAUAAAAUGAUCCCUGUCUCUCUAUUGGCAGGUGAUGUUUCAGUGUGCUUGCUCCAAGCAUAAUGGAAACAGUUUUGGUAAUAAAUGUUUGAGACUUGA